AUUUGUAAAGUAAAACGUGACUAGCACACUUUCAGCAGUUAAGCAGACAUUUUGGAGAGCAGUCAUGGUGAAUCUUGGAGAUGUGUUCCCCGACUUCAAAGUCGACACAAGCAAAGGAACUAUCCAAUUCCACACAUUUAUAGAGGGCACGUGGGCUAUCCUGUUCUCACAUCCCGCAGACUACACACCUGUAUGUACCACUGAGUUGGGACGUGCUGCUGCUUUAACCUCCGAGUUUGAAAAACGCGGUGUUAAACUUAUUGCCUUGUCAUGUGAUGGAGUUGAGUCUCACAAAGGUUGGAUCAAAGACAUACAAGGUUACAGCGGGCUUAGUGGGGAUUUUCCUUAUCCUAUCAUUGCUGAUGAAAAGCGUGAACUUGCCGUCAAACUUGGCAUGAUUGAUCCAGAUGAGAAGGAUGCUCAAGGUCUGCCUCUGACUGCCCGUGCUGUGUUCAUCAUUGGACCAGACAAGAGGCUCAAGUUGUCUCUUCUUUACCCAGCUACCACUGGACGUAACUUUGAUGAAAUUCUGCGUGUGAUAGACUCAUUGCAGUUGACUGCCACAAAGAAAGUUGCUACUCCAGCUGAUUGGAAGACUGGUGGAAAUUGUAUGGUUCUUCCUACUGUUAAAUCAGAAGAUGUGCCUAAACUAUUUCCAAAAGGUGUUACAGUCAAGGAUGUGCCAUCAGGCAAAGGAUACAUGCGUAUCACCCCUCAGCCAGAGUGAUGAACAGGGGUAAUGGUGCACCCAACACAUCCUUACCUUUUAUCUGAUGAUAACACAUCCUAGCUAUAGCUAGAAUAAUGUAUAGUGAAGGAAAUAGUGGGUUAUCUUGAUUAUUGCAAAGUCCUUACUCAUUCCAAGCAUUGGGGUUAAUUGGUGAAUUUUCCCAAGCUUGAGUAGUAGCUGAUGUGGUAGGGGUCACUUGACUAACCAACAAAAUGUAAUAACUUAGCUGUUAAAAUAAAGACGUCUAAGUAA